GUCACCAGCCAUAAAUAGUGAGGUUAUAGCUCAAUUUAAACUAAUGCAGUUUAUUUUGCUUUCCCUUCCUUUCCUUACCAGCAGAGGUGUUUCUCCACUUCUUGCAGCAUCGCUGAUCCAUGCAGCAGUUGAUGAAGUUCUCCAAACAGACUUGACUGAAUUUGAGCAGGAAAGUGUGGAAACAGAGGGAGAAGGAGAUGAGGAAAGAUUCACCUUGCUGGAUGGAGAGGCGUUGCAGCGCUGCUUCUUUAACAAGCUUCGGGAUGUUUGCUUUGAGUGGCAGAAGCAGUUGCCACCACUGAGACCACUGAAGCGGUUCCUGCUUGUUUCCAUCCACGCCAUCCGUAACAGUCGACGGAAAAUGGAGGACCGCCACGUUCUGCUCCCAGAGUUUAAUCAGCUGUUUGGUUUAUCAGAUGACGUUGAUCGCGCUUACUUUGCGGUAUUUGAUGGCCAUGGUGGAGUGGAUGCUGCCAAUUAUUCAGCAACCCAUUUGCAUGUAAAUGUUGGGCUGCACAAAGAUAUUGUUAAGAAUCCAGCUGAGGCCUUGAAAUGCUCUUUCCAGAAGACAGAUGAAAUGUUUCUUUUCAAAGCCAAAAGAGAGAAGCUGCGGAGUGGUACAACAGGUGUAUCUGCAUUGAUUGUAGGGAACAAGCUACACAUAGCAUGGCUAGGGGACUCACAGGUAAUGCUUGUGCAGCGAGGAAAAGCUGUGACAUUAAUGGAACCUCACAAACCAGAAAGAGAAGAUGAGAGGGCACGUAUUGAGACUCUGGGUGGUUGUGUAACCUAUAUGGACUGCUGGCGGGUUAAUGGUACCUUGGCUGUUUCCAGAGCAAUUGGUGACGUAUGUCAGAAACCCUACAUCUCUGGUGAUGCAGAUGGAGAUACAUUUGAGCUGACUGGUUCUGAAGAUUACUUGCUCCUAGCCUGCGAUGGAUUCUUUGAUGCUAUCAAGCCAUAUGAGGUUGUAGACUUGGUCCUAGAUCAUUUAAUGCAAACCAAAGGAGUAGGGCUCAAAGCAGCAGAAAGACUGGUGGCUGCUGCAAAGGAAAAUGGAUCCAGUGAUAACAUCACAGUUCUAGUGGUGUUCUUGAGGGAUCCUCAGGACAUCUUGGCAGACUGUCUCAGAGACCCUAAGAGCCUUGGGGCUGGUGAUGAUCCGCAACGCUCACCCUUUAAUUUCCUCGGCUGUGAGGCAGCAGCCACACAGUGA